CUCGUUAUCUUAAAUAUUCAUUUCUUUAUAACGGAUAGUUAUAAUGAUAUUUUGAUUGGAUAGGAAAAUUGUGCGUAAUUUUUGCUAACGAUUUAACACAUUCAUUUCUAUAAAAACCGAUGAAAAACGCUACGCAAAUUCAAUUUCUAUUGAUCUAGGAGUGUUCAAUUUUUAGAAUUUUUUUAUUAACGAAUAGUUAAUUGCGCGAAAUUAUUAAUGAGUUCUGUUAUCUUUGCCAAUCACGUGCAGUUUCUCUAUAAUUUUUCCAAUUCUAUUAUUCAUUUCCCGCUGAGUUCGUUUAUCUCUAAGGCAAAGGCUUGCACAAGUAAGCAUUGCGUCAAUAUUUUUAUGUACGUGCUUAUAAAGUUUUUUUACACACGCACACACACACAUGAAUGUGUGUGUGCGUUACUUUUGAGUAACCAAAAGCUCUAGCCUUGAAUGAAAAAUAUUUUUAUGUAAUUUUUAGUAGAUGUUGCGUAACGCCAAUUUUAUAUGGAUAUAUUAUUGCAACGCAUAUAUAUGUAUAGUCAGCUGUAAAGUUUCAAAUCAGUGUAGUAGAAAAGGUUUGAAAAAAACUGCUACGAAAUAAAGUAAAGUUCGCUAAACGAUUGAUUAAGGUUGUUGAUUUUGAUCGUCGUUGAAUACCGGCUACUCAAUUACGUAUAGUAAAAGUAGGCAGAUCAAAUGAGCCCAUUGAGUCGUAAUAUUUUAUCAUUUAGUCGCAUAGUUCUCACUUGUUCAGCAAAAAACUUUCACGUUGCUUUACGGAACAUGGUGAUCGCAGUUGGAAGUAAACUACCUGCAGUGGACUUGUAUGAAGAUACUCCUGCCAAUAAAAUUAAUCUUAAUCAACUAUCUGCUGGAAAAAAGAUAAUUGUUUUUGCUGUACCAGGUGCUUUUACUCCAGGAUGUUCCAAAACACAUUUACCAGGUUAUAUAGAAAGAGCAGAUGAAUUAAAAUCUAAGGGAUAUAAUGAAAUUUGUUGCAUUGGAGUUAAUGACCCCUUUGUCAUGGCAGCAUGGGGAAAGAAUCAAAAUGCCCAAGGGAAAGUUCGUAUGUUGGCUGAUCCUGCUGGAGUAUUCACAGAUGCAUUAGGCCUUUUGGUUGAUUUGGCUGUACUAGGUGGUAAACGUAGCAAAAGAUAUUCUAUGAUUGUGGAAGACAGUACAGUAAAAGAGCUUAAUGUUGAACCAGAUAAUACUGGAUUAAGCUGUUCUUUGGCAGACAAAAUCAAAUAAUUCUAUAUCAAACAUAUUCCAUUUUUACAAUUAUAUAAAUUUGUUUAAUUUAUGAAUUUAUUUUAAGCACAACUGUGAAAAAUUGUUUUUUUAAUAAAGUAGCAUACAAGUUCUUCCAACAUCUUAAAGCA